CAACUAAAAUUUCUGCUUCAGUCAAACUUUGCAAGUUUCUGUCCGUGCCUGAAGCGAAUUUAAACUAAAUUAAGCGCUACUUUGCAAAAUGCAGGCAAGAUAUCUGAUCCCGGCGUUUUUGGUUGCUUUCGGUCUCGUUUUGGCAUGCUCUGCACGUUUCGGUUAUCGCUUCCCAGCUAGAGGUAUAAGAAGGCUGCCCGGGGGGAAACCUAACCUUGGAAGAGCGGCGCCAGGUGGUUUUUUGGUUCCGGAUGGGAAAAGAUCAGCCGGGAGCAAGGUGAUGAACAAGCUUGUUUUUGACCGAUUUAAAGCGAAGGACCUGAAAAAGAUAAACAAGAAAUCCGCGACUGGAGUCGAACGCUUGUGGGACUUCGGGAAAGGUGCCGCAAGGAAUGCAUUGCGUGUUGCAGCGGGGGCAGCCAUCGCUGGUGGUGUAGCAGGUGCCGUGGUCGGAGAACAGGCGGAUCCUGAAAUCAACAUUGUCAAAACGGAUCCGCAUGGCUCGACCUUUACUAGCGUCAGAUAUUUGGCUGUCAACACCUCUGAGGCGAUGAAAGGCGUUGUCAAACCACCGGACCCGGUUGGCGGUCCCAAUAUCACGGUGAACGUGAGUGCGUACGCUCUUGCGGGAACGUUUGCUGGAUUAAUUACCAUUAUGUGUACCGGGGUCGUCUGCAUGAAAUGCCGACGUCAAAAAAAAGAUAUCAGCAAUCAGAAGGAAAAACCAUGAAGCAUCGCUACGUUACCGGAUGAUGCGGAGAGCUAGCGGUCCAUCAAUAUGCACUUCGCGUUUACUUUAC